AUGCCGCCGCUCCUGGCGCCCCUGCUCUGCCUGGCGCUGCUGCCCGCGCUUGCCGCACGAGGCCUGCGCUGCUCCCAGCCUGGUGAGACCUGCUUGAACGGCGGGAAGUGUGAAGUGUUCCCCAACGGCACCGAGGCCUGCAUCUGCAGCGGGGCAUUCGCGGGCCAGCAAUGCCAGGCCCCCAACCCCUGCCUCAGCGCCCCCUGCAAGAACGGCGGGACAUGCCACACAGUGGAGCGAGAUGGCCUGGUGGAUUACACCUGCAGCUGCCGCCUGGGCUUCUCGGGGCCGCUCUGCCUGACACCCCGAGACCACGCCUGCCUCGCCAGCCCCUGCCUCAACGGCGGCACCUGUGACCUGCUCACGCUGGCCGAGUACAAGUGUAUCUGCCCUCCAGGCUGGUCAGGGAAGACAUGCCAGCAGGCUGACCCCUGCGCCUCGAACCCCUGUGCCAACGGAGGCCAGUGCCUGCCCUUCGAGGCGUCGUAUAUCUGCCACUGCCCAGCCGGCUUCCACGGCCCCACGUGCCGGCAGGACGUCAAUGAGUGCAGCCAGAGCCCCGGGCUCUGCCACCACGGCGGCACCUGCCUCAACGAGGUCGGCUCCUACCGCUGCGUCUGCCGCCCCACCCACACCGGCCCCCACUGCGAGCUGCCCCACGUGCCCUGCAGCCCCUCCCCCUGCCAGAACGGGGGCACCUGCCGCCCCACGGGGGACACCACCCACGAGUGUGCCUGCCUGCCAGGCUUCACUGGCCAGAACUGCGAGGAAAACAUUGAUGACUGUCCGGGGAACAACUGCAAGAACGGAGGCGCCUGUGUGGACGGCGUGAACACCUACAACUGCCGCUGCCCCCCGGAGUGGACAGGUCAGUACUGCACGGAGGACGUGGACGAGUGCCAGCUCAUGCCCAACGCCUGCCAGAAUGGCGGGACCUGCCACAACACCCACGGCGACUACAAUUGCGUGUGCGUCAACGGCUGGACGGGUGAGGACUGCAGCGAGAACAUUGAUGACUGCGCCAGCGCCUCCUGCUUCCAGGGCGCCACCUGCCACGACCGUGUGGCCUCCUUCUACUGCGAGUGUCCCCACGGCCGUACGGGUCUGCUGUGCCACCUGAAUGACGCCUGCAUCAGCAACCCCUGCAACGAGGGCUCCAACUGCGACACCAACCCCGUCAACGGCAAGGCCAUCUGCACCUGCCCCUCGGGGUACACGGGGCCGGCCUGCAGCCAGGAUGUGGACGAGUGCUCGCUAGGCGCCAACCCCUGUGAGCACGCGGGCAAGUGCAUCAACACGCUGGGCUCGUUCGAGUGCCAGUGUCUGCAGGGCUACACCGGCCCGCGCUGCGAGAUCGACGUCAACGAGUGUGUGUCGAACCCGUGUCAGAACGAUGCCACCUGCCUGGACCAGAUCGGGGAGUUCCAGUGUAUCUGCAUGCCCGGCUACGAGGGCGUGCACUGCGAGGUGAACACGGACGAGUGCGCCAGCAGCCCCUGCCUGCAGAACGGCCGCUGCCUGGACAAGAUCAAUGAGUUCGUGUGCGAGUGCCCCACGGGCUUCACCGGGCACUUAUGCCAGUAUGACGUGGACGAGUGUGCGAGCACGCCCUGCAAGAACGGCGCUAAGUGCCUGGAUGGGCCCAACACCUACACCUGUGUGUGCACAGAAGGCUACACGGGGCCCCACUGCGAGGUGGACAUCGACGAGUGUGACCCCGACCCUUGCCACUACGGGUCCUGCAAGGAUGGCGUGGCCACCUUCACCUGCCUGUGCCAGCCGGGCUACACGGGUCACCACUGCGAGGCCAACAUCAACGAGUGCCACAGCCAGCCCUGCCGCCACGGGGGCACCUGCCAGGACCGCGACAACUCCUACCUCUGCUUCUGCCUCAAGGGGACCACAGGACCCAACUGCGAGAUCAACCUGGACGACUGCGCGAGCAACCCCUGCGACUCCGGCACGUGUCUGGACAAGAUUGACGGCUACGAGUGUGCGUGUGAGCCGGGCUACACAGGGAGCAUGUGUAACAUCAACAUUGAUGAGUGCGCAGACAGCCCCUGCCACAACGGGGGCACCUGCGAGGACGGCAUCAACGGCUUCACCUGCCGCUGCCCCGAGGGCUACCACGACCCCACCUGCCUGUCCGAGGUCAACGAGUGCAGCAGCAAUCCCUGCAUCCACGGGGCCUGCCGCGACAGCCUCAACGGGUACAAGUGUGACUGUGACCCCGGGUGGAGCGGGGCCAACUGUGAUGUCAACAACGACGAGUGUGAGUCGAACCCCUGCAUCAACGGGGGCACCUGCAAGGACAUGACCAGCGGCUACGUAUGCGCCUGCCGGGAGGGCUUCAGUGGCCCCAACUGCCAGACCAACAUCAAUGAGUGCGCAUCCAACCCGUGUCUCAACCAGGGCACGUGUAUCGAUGAUGUGGCAGGGUACAAAUGCAACUGCCUCUUGCCCUACACAGGGGCCACGUGUGAGGUGGUGCUGGCCCCGUGUGCCCCCGGGCCCUGCAGAAACGGCGGCGAGUGUCGGGAGUCAGAGGAUUACGAGAGCUUCUCCUGCGCCUGCCCCGCAGGCUGGCAGGGGCAGACCUGUGAGAUUGACAUCAAUGAGUGCGUGAAGAGCCCGUGCCACGCGGGCGCCUCCUGCCAGAACACCAACGGCGGCUACCGCUGCCACUGCCAGGCGGGCUACACGGGGCGCAACUGCGAGACCGACAUCGACGACUGCCGGCCCAACCCGUGCCAUAACGGGGGCUCCUGCACAGACGGCAUCAACACGGCCUUCUGCGACUGCCUGCCCGGCUUCCAGGGCGCCUUCUGCGAGGAGGACAUCAACGAGUGUGCCAGCAACCCCUGCCGCAACGGCGCCAACUGCACCGACUGCGUGGACAGCUACACCUGUACCUGCCCCACGGGCUUCAGCGGCAUCCACUGCGAGAACAACACACCCGACUGCACGGAGAGCUCCUGCUUCAACGGCGGUACCUGCGUGGACGGCAUCAACUCCUUCACCUGCCUGUGUCCCCCCGGCUUCACGGGCAGUUACUGCCAGCAUGAUGUCAACGAGUGUGACUCUCGGCCCUGCCUGCACGGCGGCACCUGCCACGACAGCUAUGGCACCUACAAGUGCACCUGCCCGCAGGGCUACACGGGUCUCAACUGCCAGACCCUUGUGCGCUGGUGCGACUCCUCCCCCUGCAAGAACGACGGCCGGUGCUGGCAGACCAACGCGAUGUAUCGUUGCGAGUGCCACAGCGGCUGGACUGGUCUCUACUGCGACGUGCCCAGCGUCUCCUGUGAGGUGGCCGCGCAGCAGCAAGGCAUCAACGUGACCCACUUGUGCCGGAACGGGGGCCUCUGCAUGAACGCGGGCAACACACACCACUGCCACUGCCAGGCUGGCUACACGGGCAGCUACUGCGAGGAGCAGGUGGACGAGUGCUCGCCCAGCCCCUGCCGGAACGGGGCCACCUGCACCGACUACCCUGGCGGCUACUCCUGUGAGUGUGUGGCCGGCUACCACGGGGUGAACUGCUCCGAGGAGGUGAAUGAGUGCCUGUCCCAGCCCUGCCGGAACGGCGGCACCUGCAUCGACCUCACCAACACCUACAAGUGUUCCUGCCCCCGUGGCACGCAGGGCGUGCACUGCGAGAUCAACGUGGAUGACUGCAACCCCCCCAUCGACCCCGUGUCCCGGGGCCCCAAGUGCUUUAACAACGGCACCUGCGUGGACCAGGUGGGCGGCUACAGCUGCACCUGCCCGCCUGGCUUCGUGGGUGAGCGCUGCGAGGGUGACGUCAACGAGUGCCUGUCCAACCCCUGCGACGCCCGCGGCACCCAGAACUGCGUGCAGCGCGUCAAUGCCUUCCACUGCGAGUGCCGCGCCGGCCACACCGGACGCCGCUGCGAGUCGGUCAUCAAUGGCUGCAAAGACAGGCCCUGCAAGAACGGGGGCAGCUGUGCGGUGGCCUCCAACACGGCCCGCGGGUUCAUCUGCAAAUGCCCGGCGGGCUUCGAGGGCGCCACGUGUGAGAACGACGCCCGCAGCUGCGGGAGCCUGCGGUGCCUGAACGGCGGCACGUGCAUCGCGGGCCCGCGCAGCCCCACCUGCCUGUGCCUGGGCCCCUUCACCGGCCCCGAGUGCCGGUUCCCAGCCAGCAGCCCCUGCGUGGGCGGCAGCCCCUGCUACAACCAGGGCGUCUGCGAGCCCACCGCCGAGAGCCCCUUCUACCGCUGCCGCUGCCCCGCCAAGUUCAACGGGCUCCGGUGCCACAUCCUGGACUACAGCUUUGGGGGCGGCGUGGGCCUCGACAUCCCCCCGCCGCAGGUCGAAGAGGCCUGCGAGCUCCCCGGCUGCCGCGAGGAGGCCGGCAACAAGGUCUGCAGCCUGCAGUGCAACAACCACGCGUGCGGCUGGGACGGCGGCGACUGCUCCCUCAACUUUGACGACCCCUGGCAGAACUGCACGCAGUCCCUGCAGUGCUGGAAGUACUUCGGCAACGGCCGCUGCGACAGCCAGUGCAACUCGGCCGGCUGCCUCUUCGACGGCUUCGACUGCCAGCGCGCGGAAGGCCAGUGCAACCCCCUGUACGACCAGUACUGCAAGGACCACUUCAGGGACGGGCACUGCGACCAGGGCUGCAACAGCGCGGAGUGCGAGUGGGACGGGCUGGACUGCGCGGAGCACGUGCCCGAGCGGCUGGCGGCCGGCACGCUGGUGCUGGUGGUGCUCAUGCCGCCGGAGCAGCUGCGCAACCGCUCCUUGCACUUCUUGCGCGAGCUCAGCCGCCUGCUGCACACCAACGUGGUCUUCAAGCGCGACGCCAGCGGCCAGCAGAUGAUCUUCCCCUACUACGGCCGCGAGGAGGAGCUGCACAAGCACCCCAUCAGGCGCUCCGUGGAUGGCGGGGCCCCGCUGCUCCCGGGCGGCGGGGGCAGACGCCGGCGCAGGGAGCUGGACCCCAUGGACAUCCGCGGGUCCAUCGUCUACCUGGAGAUUGACAACCGGCAGUGCGUCCAGUCAUCCUCCCAGUGCUUCCAGAGCGCCACGGAUGUGGCCGCCUUCCUGGGUGCGCUGGCCUCGCUGGGCAGCCUCAACAUACCCUACAAGAUCGAGGCCGUGCAGAGUGAGACGGUGGAGCCGCCCCCGCCCCCGCCGCUGCACUUCAUGUACGUGGCCGUGGUGGCCUUCGUGCUGCUCUUCUUCGUGGGCUGCGGGGUGCUGCUGUCGCGGAAGCGCCGGCGGCAGCAUGGCCAGCUCUGGUUCCCCGAGGGCUUCAAGGUGUCGGAGGCCAGCAAGAAGAAGCGGCGUGAGCCCCUCGGCGAGGACUCCGUGGGCCUCAAGCCGCUGAAGCACUCCUCGGACGGCGCCCUCAUGGACGACAACCAGAACGAGUGGGGCGAUGAGGGCCUGGAGGCCAAGAAGUUCCGGUUCGAGGAGCCCGUGGCCCUCCCCGACCUGGACGACCAGACAGACCACCGGCAGUGGACUCAGCAGCAUCUGGACGCCGCCGACCUGCGCGUGUCUGCCAUGGCCCCCACGCCUCCCCAGGGCGAGGCCGAUGCCGACUGCCUGGACGUGAACGUCCGCGGGCCGGACGGCUUCACGCCCCUCAUGAUCGCCUCCUGCAGCGGAGGGGGCCUCGAGACAGGCAACAGCGAGGAAGAGGAGGACGCGCCUGCGGUCAUCGCGGACUUCAUCUACCAGGGCGCCAGCCUGCACAACCAGACAGACCGCACCGGCGAGACCGCCCUGCACCUGGCCGCCCGCUACUCACGCUCCGACGCAGCCAAGCGCCUGCUGGAGGCCAGUGCGGACGCCAACAUACAGGACAACAUGGGCCGCACCCCGCUGCAUGCGGCCGUGUCUGCCGACGCGCAGGGCGUCUUCCAGAUCCUGAUCCGGAACCGAGCCACCGACCUGGAUGCCCGCAUGCACGACGGCACGACCCCGCUGAUCCUGGCUGCCCGCCUGGCCGUGGAGGGCAUGCUGGAGGACCUCAUCAACUCCCACGCCGACGUCAAUGCUGUGGACGACCUGGGCAAGUCCGCCCUGCACUGGGCGGCCGCGGUGAACAACGUGGAGGCCGCUGUCGUGCUGCUGAAGAACGGGGCCAACAAGGACAUGCAGAACAACAAGGAGGAGACGCCAUUGUUCCUGGCCGCCCGGGAGGGCAGCUACGAGACAGCCAAGGUGCUGCUGGACCAUUUUGCCAACCGGGACAUCACGGACCACAUGGACCGCCUGCCUCGCGACAUCGCGCAGGAGCGCAUGCACCACGACAUUGUGCGGCUGCUGGACGAGUACAGCCUGGUGCGCAGCCCCCCGCUGCACGGCGCCCCCCUCGGCGGCGCGCCCACCCUGUCGCCCCCGCUCUGCUCACCCAACGGCUACCUGGGCAACCUCAAGCCCCCCAUGCAGGGCAAGAAGGCCCGCAAGCCCAGCACCAAGGGCUUGGCCUGCGGCGGCAAGGAGCCCAAGGACCUCAAGGCUCGGAGGAAGAAGUCCCAAGACGGCAAGGGCUGCCUGCUGGACAGCGGGAGUGUGCUUUCGCCCGUGGACUCCCUCGAGUCCCCCCACGGCUACCUGUCAGACGUGGCCUCCCCGCCCCUCCUGCCCUCCCCUUUCCAGCCGUCUCCCUCCGUGCCCCUCAACCACCUGCCCGGGAUGCCCGAGGCCCACCUGGGCGUCGGCCACCUGAGUGUGGCAGCCAAGCCCGAGAUGGCGGCGCUGAGUGGGGGCGGCCGGCUGGCCUUCGAGGCAGGGCCACCACACCUCUCCCACCUGCCUGUGGCCUCCGGCACCAGCAGCAUCCUGGGUGCCGGCGGCAGUGGGGGCGGUGGGGCUGUGAAUUUCACCGUGGGUGGAGCCGCGGGCUUGAAUGGCCAAUGCGAGUGGCUGUCCCGGCUGCAGAACGGCCUAGUGCCCAACCAGUACAACCCGCUGCGAGGGGGCGUGACGCCGGGCACCCUGAGCACACAGGCUGCCGGCCUGCAGCAUGGCACGGUGGGCUCGCUGCACGCCCCCGCCCUGUCCCAGGUGAUGAGCUACCAGGCCCUGCCCAGCACGCGGCUGGCCUCCCAGCCUCACCUAGUGCAGACGCAGCAGCUGCAGCCGCAGCAGAACUUACAGAUGCAGCCGCCGAGCAUGCCACCGCAGCCAAACCUGCAGCCGCAGCCGCCGCAGCCACACCUCGGCGUGAGCUCAGCCGCCAGUGGCCACCUGGGCCGGAGCUUCCUGGGAGGGGAGCUGAGCCAGGCGGACAUGCAGCCGCUGGGGCCUGCCAACCUGGCGGCACACACCGUCCUGCCGCAGGAAGGCCAGGUCCUGCCCACAUCGCUGCCGUCCACACUGGCCCCACCCAUGACCACUGCCCAGUUCCUGACGCCCCCCUCCCAGCACAGCUACUCCUCCUCCCCUGUGGACAACACCCCCAGCCACCAGUUGCAGGUGCCCGAGCACCCCUUCCUCACCCCGUCCCCCGAGUCCCCCGACCAGUGGUCCAGCUCCUCGCCACAUUCCAACAUCUCCGAUUGGUCCGAGGGCAUCUCCAGCCCGCCCACCAGCGUGCCGUCCCAAAUCGCCCACGUCCCAGAGGCGUUCAAGUAA